CACUCCUAUCUGUCUCUGUCCUUGAGCAGUGUGUGCAGACAUACGGAUAAGUCCUGGUAUUGAGCUGUUGCUGCCUCUUCUUCCGGUAGAGGGUAGCCUAUUGAACAAACAGGACCCGUCUCGGAGUCUGGCCCGUUUGGGACUCACUCAGAGCAGCAAAGACCCAUCCCCCGAUGCUACUGCUGCAUCUCCAUCUGAUCUAGGCGCCGCACCUGCCGCCAACGUUAUCAAUUGCGUAUCAUGGAAAUACAGCAAGGACGCACUUUUUCCUAGACCGAACAUCAGAGUCUAGGUAGGCUGUGGAUAGCGGUAGAUGAAUGGAGGAAUGAAUGGACGAGCGGGCUAUUGUUACUGCAACCUGGCAGUGCAUUUGGAAGAACCAUAGAUGAUAAAACAUUAAUGACAGGGGCCAAAAUGAGCAACGACUAUGAGGCAUCAGUCACCCCCAGCUGGCUGACCUCUGACCCCACUGUCUGGUCCAGCAGCAGAGACGGAUUCACAGACAACGCCACUUACCCACCUAUGGACUCCUUCCCACCGCUGCCCCCUCUCCUGGUCAAUCCCUGGGACAUCUUGCUGUGCUCCUCAGGGACCCUCAUCGCCUGUGAAAACGCCCUGGUGGUACUGGUGAUCUGGCAGAACCCGGCUCUGCGUGCCCCCAUGUUCCUGCUGAUCGGCAGCCUGGCCCUGGCUGACCUCCUGGCUGGUCUGGGCCUGGUGCUCCACUUCACCUUGGCCUACCUGCUGAGGUCUGACUUGGCCCAGCUGCUGACUGUGGGUCUGGUGGUGGCCUCCUUCUCAGCCUCCGUCUUCAGCCUGCUGGCCAUCACCAUAGACCGUUACCUGUCACUCUACUACGCUCUGACCUACAACUCAGAGCGCACCGCCGCCUUCACCUACACCAUGCUGGUCGUCCUCUGGGGCCUGUCUCUCUGUCUGGGCCUACUUCCCGUCACGGGGGUGAACUGCCUGACGGAGGAGUCGACAUGCAGCGUGGUGCGCCCGCUGACUAAGAACAACGUGGUGGUGCUGUCCGUAUCCUUCCUCCUGCUGUUCGGCCUCAUGCUGCAGCUGUACGUGCAGAUCUGUAAGAUCGUCAUGCACCACGCCCACCAGAUCGCCUUGCAGCAUCACUUCCUGUCCGCCUCGCCCCACUACGUCACAACCAGGAAUGGCGUUUCCACGCUGGCCAUCAUCCUGGGGACGUUUGCCGCCUGCUGGAUGCCCUUCACCGUCUACUCACUGGUCGCCGACUACACGUACCCACCUCUCUACACAUACGCCACCCUGGUGCCCGCCACCUACAACUCAGUCAUCAACCCAGUGAUCUACGCCUUCAGGAACCAGGACAUCCAGAAGGCUCUGUGGCUGGUGUGUUGUGGCUGUAUACCGGCCAGGGUGGCCCACAGGGCCCGGACCCCCAGCCACGUCUGACCCAGACCCAGGCCCCGGGAGGGAAGGAGAGAGGUGCCCUGGGCAGAGGGAGGAAGGCAGACAGGCAGCCUGGGCUCAGGCAGAUGGCUGGAAAGGACGGUCUGUGUGCAUAGUAAUUUUAGCCGCUUUUACUGAUAUGGGUUUUUAUGCUCAAAAGGAUUGAGAGAUUAUUAUUAGAUUAUUAAAGAUUGUGCCACUUUACGCACAUCAAAUAAAGGGCUUGUGUUUGUGUGUAUACAAAAAGAUAGGAUGUCGCACGGACAGAGAAGGAGGAAGAGAGGAGGAGAAGUGGAGUGAGUGAUGACAGAGGGGGGGCGAUUAUCAAGAUGCAUACAAGAUGAAGUCGGGCUGAGGGCUCAAGCAUCUUGUCUCGCUGCUGCACUCUGAACGUACCUUGAAAGCUAAAUAACCACGGGAGGCUAAAAAUAGCCCGGGUGCUCUGUGAUCCGCGAGCAGUGCGUCCGACACAGACUCCAUGCAAAGAAACCAAGGCGGAGAGCGGGCGCCUAUCUUCCCCUUCCUCCCUCCUUCCAUCCACUUUUAUUUCGCUUCAUCUCUCCCUAUUUGGCUUUAAAGCCCCCACCCUUGAGCGUGUGAGAAUGAUGUUCUGCUUUUACAUUCUGAGAGGUGACAACAGCCUCGGGAAGGAAAGUCCCCUGAUACCUGUAGCACGCACCGUUAACCCUCCAAAUGCCUUUAUUUUAUGGUAAGGCUUUGAUAGUUUUGAUAUCUCUGUUUUAUCCCUCCACUUCUUCUACAUAAACAGAUCAACUAAUCAUACCUAAUUCAUUGGGCAUUGCAGGCACAUUGGGUAGGCAGGCUGACUGUUCUUGAAUGUAGCGUGUGAAAUGUUCCCUCUGUGAAUCGAGUUGGUUGUUCAAGCUACUCAGUUUGUAGUUAGACCAGCUGGGUGUUGUUGCAACUGAAUGUAUUUUUUAUAUUAAUUUGAUCUCUUAGCCUGUCCAUUAGGUUAUGAAAACGCCUUAUCCUCACCCCAACCUUCAACCUAACCUUCAACCUGUUGCAUAGGACUUUAAUGUAAACCGUUUCCCCUAAUAGCCAGGCCUAGGCCUGUUGGCUAAACCAUCACUAUCACUCAGCGCUUCCCCUCUCCCCACCUGUUAUAAUAAAAUCAGUCAGUCACACUCAGGCCUAAUACUUUGGCAUUAUCCUAAUAUAUGGUUUGUGAAUUUAAAAAGCACUGUAAAAUAUAAAUUAGCAAUCAUAUUGGUUUUCCUUUUUCAUGAAAAUGGCAUCAUCAGCAGUCCAUCUUCAAUAUUCUUCUAAUUGCUACUCUGUACCUCAUCCUGUUGCGAAAAAAAAACUACUUGAAUGCAAUAAGCUAUGAAUGCUGAGCCAAUCAGAAAAAUGUAUGAUCAUGGAAAUUCAUAAUAUACAUAUAGAAUAUAGACCCCUAACCCCCCCCCCCCCCUCUCUUUCCCUAUACCACAUCUAUGACUGGCCAUAUCCAGAUGACCAAUAUCCUAAGUGACAGACCCUGGCACAAUGUCUGGUUCAGAUCUUUGGAUAGCAAGAAAGGAGAGAGCAGUGACACAUCUUGCUGUUCCAGCUUUGGAUGUCUCCUGCCUCCUGGAACCACUUCCUUACCCUGGCUGACAAAUGCCCACCACCCCCUGACCCUAGCCAGUGUAAGGACGUCACGCUGCUUGCCAAUUCCUCCUGAUUUGCUCACACCGAGUCACGAUCAAACCCAGGACUUCCAUUUUGCUAGCACACGUGAUCGCCCUCCUUGACAAUGUACCAACCAUUUGAGCUAUCGAAAAAUAUGUAAGGCAGUAGCUCCAUCGGUGAUAUUUCACUAGCUGUGGAGUGAGUUUACCGUACAUGUUCUUAAGCGCUUCCAGAUCCUCAGUCUACCCCGUCAUAUCAGUGUGCAGCAGUAACUAAGUGUUAGUUACUACAUGGACCGACAGAAAUACUCUGUCAGCAAUAACAGCCUCUCCCCAGUAACAUGACCACCUCCAGCAUGAUGAUAUACGACGACCACAACCAACAGCCCUUCUGCGAUGCCUAGCAAAGUCCUUAUACACCAGGCCCAAACAAGGACUCAACUUCCUAAGACUUGUGCUGUAUGUGAUUUCUCCAAAUGGGAAAUCAGAUCUUGACUUAUGUGUUUUGUUUUUGAAAAUGUGAAUGGUACAGGAUACUGACUGCCACCGCCCAGUAUUCUGUCAUUAGUCAUUACAACGUCACUGCCUUUUUUUAUUCUGAAUCUACUGCUCUAUUCUCUGGCUAUGGUCUUCUUCAAUAUCUUACAAUGAAUGAAAUUGGACUCGGUAAGAAAAUAUCUUACAAGUUUUCAGUUGCAUCUGCCUUUGUAAACCUAUGAAGUGUUUUUGAGUGUUGUAAACCUAAGCGUCUGUGAAUAAGGAAAAUGUUUCUGCAUUUGAGUGUGUGUGUGUGUGUGUGUGUGUGUGUGUGUGAUCUGUGUACCAUAGAAAUAUAAUUAAUUAUAUUUAUAUAAUUUAUAUAUUAUAUAAUUAUAUACAUUUUUUAUUAUAUAAUUAUAUUUAUAUUUCUAUGGCUUGUAUGGGGGUUUGUGAUCAGCAGCACAGACCUCCUGUAUAUCUGUCUCCAUGGGGACAGUGGCUCUGAGGACUUACUUCCAGUGUGACCCUUUGACCUCAGAGGAAAUUGUCUGCUUGUCUUCCUAUCAUUCUGAGAGAAGUGACCUUCUAAGAGAAGUGACAAAUUCCACCACAGGAAUGAAAUAGAGAAGGAUAUGUUUAAAUUAUGGUGUACGUGUGCAGCUGACUGAGCCGUAGUGAGGGGUUAAAGGCAAUGGCGUCACGUGACUGAUGGAAAAAUAACCUAUAUCGUUAUCACAGGUUCUGGUGGCUCUUACAGACAAACAAUAAUACCAAGAAAACACUUCUUUACCUUUGAAGAAUAAUCUAUUUUGUUAUAUUUAUUGAAAGUCUCAACAACAAAAAAUCUCAGCGUUGUCUCGCCUAAACUAUGAUGUAUCUAAAGUAACUUGUAUUUUAAUGCGCUGUAGAGCCUCUCUUGAAUGAAUUGGUAAAGAAAUGAUUGUUUAUUUUGUAUGGCAUUCUGUUGACCAAUUAGAUUCUGUAAAUAGAGCAUGCAUAUCAUUAUAGGGGUGUUGUGACAUCAUGUAUGGUGCUACCUACUGCAGGAUCCCAGGGGGACUCAGGUGCACCGUAUUCAAAUGACAUCAAAUUUGACCCCCUUUUAUUGUCAUUUUACAGUCUGUUUACAUUUCCAUCCCUAGCCCCUUCCCCCCAAUCCCACCUCCUUCUUUAGGCAGAUCUGCAAAGUCUGGAUAGGUGAACGCAGUAUGGCAUACACUUUAGUUAGCAGAUUAGCCUGUUGGAGGGUUAGAUGGUGCUGUCACAGUACUGCUUACACCUAUCCCAAACCUUGAGGAUCUGCCAGACCAAUGAGCUAAGGGCUAGGGACGGAAAUGGAACCGGGCCUACCUUGUUUGAUGAAUGUUCUCUCAUG